UGAGUCAGCCACAUGGAACACAAAUUUGGAGACACAAAUCGACUCACAGGGAAUUGGGAAGAAGGACACAGACAGAAAGUCAAGCGAAGAGAAACUUCUUCAGAUAUGAGCUGUAUUCUCCAAACAGUUUUUUAGUUACUUUCACAAUUUUUAUUUUUUUUUUAAUUUUACUGCUCAUCUUUUACAGUGGUGUUUGUUUGUUUUUAAUAACUUCAAUAAUGAAACUGAGUGUGGGGAUAUUUUUCGGAGGCUUCUUUGCAGCUCUGGGUGUUUUGCUUUUUUUGGUGGCAUUUGGAACUGAUUAUUGGCUUCUUGCUACAGAAAUAGGAACUUGUUCAGAAGUACCUGAAGGUGCUGGGGGAGAGAAGGCCACUUUCCAUCAUGAAGGUUUCUUCUGGAGGUGCUGGUUUAGUGGAAACGUAGGAGAUAAUAAUGCCAGCAUGUGGAAUUUUUGGUAUACCAACCAGUCACCUUCUAAGAAUUGUACACAUGCUUACCUGUCCCCAUUUCCUCUUCUGCGAGAUGAACACAACUCAACCUCCUAUGACUCUGCAAUCAUUUAUCGAGGUUUCUGGACGGUUCUUAUGCUCCUGGGAGUGCUCACUGUUGUGGCAGCUAGUUUCCUCAUCAUCUGUGCAGCUCCUUUUGCCAGUCACAUUCUAUACAAAGCAGGAGGAGGCUUUUUCAUCAUUGCUGGUGUCUUGUUUUCGCUGGUUGUCGUGAUGUAUGUCAUCUGGGUCCAGGCCAUGGCUGAUCUGGAAAGCUACACAAACAUGAAAAAAAUGGAUUGCCCAGACUUUGCUGUUUAUGUACGUUAUGGCUGGUCAUUUAUGUUGGCUCCUAUAGGAGUAUUUUUUGCUUUGUUAGCAGGAAUGCUGUUCUUGUUGGUAGGGCGUGCCAUUUAUUUACACUCAGACUAGUCAGAUGCUCCUGAAGCUUCUGAAUACAGCAAUACUUGUGAAACCUUGUGACAGAGUAAACUGGAACACAAUUUUGUACGUUAUUACCAUUACGGUAAUCCUAAGUGUGCAGGCAGACUUCUGGAAUUUCUUCUAUUAAUUGUUUAAGGGUGAAGGACACAGAACUCAAUACAGUAAGAAACCAUGUUUAGUCCCAACUAGUUGUUUUUAAUUCUUUAGAAAGUACACUUGUGGUUCUUCACAUUGUACUACUAGCAACAUUUUUAUAGGUUAACAAACAGAAGAGGAUAAAUUUUUUCUGCAAAUAAAACAUGAAUUGGCUCAGAUCAACAUUUUAUACAUUUAUCUUUUAGCAUUUACACACUGUACUUCUGUUUGUAGAGAAUGGCACAAGGUAGAGGAGAAGGCAAACAUUCAAACACAGUAAUUCAAUCUACCUACUCUCCUGUUUUCCACUACUUGCCUUAGCUUUAAUGGCAGCAAACAUGUCUGCACUUCAUAAAAAUAGAGUGCAGUUGUUCAUGCAGCAUCCAUAGGAAGAGGACAAGAGAGAAGACAAUUGCCAUGAAUGUGUAAAAGCUUAACUGUUCUAUUACCCAUUUCUCUUUUCUGUAUGCAUUUGAAAGCUGUAUACUUCUGUAUUCUAAAAUCCAUGUGUUGCAUUAUUCUGUAAGCCAAAAUGCCAUAUCUGAAAUUCUGCCAAAAUUGUACUUUGAAUUAUAGCAUUAAUAUUUUAAUUAAGUUUUAACCCUUUUAUUUUUCAGUGGAACAAUUGGCUGCUCUAACAAAUAUUUUCAUGGUUGUGUAAAAUUAAUUUUUUAUUAAAAAAGAUUUAUU